GGCACAUCGAAUUGUUUUAGCUGUUUGUUCGCCGUAUUUUAAGAACUUGUUUGAAAAAACUCCGGCUACUAAUCAUCCUAUAGUUUUUCUUAAAGACAUAUCCUACAAAAACCUCACAGAUUUAAUACAAUUCAUGUACAGCGGUGAGGUCCAUGUUAAACAAGAUGACCUCCCAAGUUUUAUUGCAAUUGCAGAAAGUUUGCAAAUCAAAGGACUUACAGAAUUCGGUGUAAAUGAUAACGAAACCAGUAGUACUACAAAGAAUGGUGAAAACACAUCCAUGAGUAGAUCAGCCAGGGCGAAUAAGAGGGCUUUAAGGAAAGAACUUCCAGAGGAUGAUAUUCCUCUCAAGUAUAGAAAGAGAACUAGUCAUACGAGAAGUACAAGAAAUUCAUCAAAAAAUGAUGAAGACCCAUUAGAAGAUGGUGCUUCAACAAGUCAGAUGAAUUAUGUAGCAGCAAAGUGUGAGCCCGUUUUGGAAGACAGCAACAUGGAUGAUGAUCACUUCGAUACCGGUUUUGAUAAAGAUGAUGAUGACAAUGAAAUCUUUGAAAAUUCAAAUUAUCUGAACACUUCUAACAAUACAAGCAACCAACAAGACAAAGCAUCAACGGCACCUCAAACAGUCCCUAUAACACCACAAGACGACCAAGAAUUUCAAAAUCCAGACAGUGAAGCACCCGUCCCUGUAGAAUUCUUUCCCACAAAAAUGGGAGGCUAUGUUAUGGUACACGACUCACAAAUUUAUUCCCUAGAAAGGCGAGGUGGAGACCACUGGUACUGGUGUUGUAAUUUAAAAGGACCAAGAAGAUGUCCGGCUCGAUGUCAAACCACUUCUCAAUUCGAUAGUGUUGUUAUAAGGAAUUCAGAUCACAAUCAUCCAGAUAGAACUGCAGAAAUUGAAAGAAGACGGUUGAGAGUGACAGCAACAGCAGGGCCUGAUGAUUGUGCAGAAUGGAUGAGACGUUUAGAGGCACAACAGAAUUUGAAAGAGGAACGCAAACAAGAGAAUAAUAAAGAUGAAAAUUAGAACUUGUGGAAGACAUUUGUACGGUUUUGAUUUUAUUAUAAGACUGCUUGAUAUUGUUUGGAAUUUGCAACUUAGUUUGCAGCAGAAAUUUAAUUUCAGU